AGUAAUUUUAUUUCUUUUAUAGGUAUAAAUCAUGCCGCGAGUGCCGUUGGUACAGUCAAAGACAUUCACAACUCCUAGACGUCCCUUUGAAAAGGAACGUUUAGAUCAGGAGUUAAAACUCAUUGGAGAAUAUGGAUUGAGAAAUAAAAGAGAGGUAUGGCGGGUGAAGUUCACUUUGGCCAAAAUCAGAACUGCAGCUAGAGAAUUGCUCACACUUGAUGAGAAGGACCCUAAACGUUUAUUUGAAGGUAAUGCAUUACUACGACGUCUUGUACGUAUUGGUGUACUGGAGGAAUCCAAAAUGAAGCUUGAUUAUGUGUUGGGUUUGAGACUUGAAGAUUUCUUGGAAAGACGUCUUCAGACACAAGUGUUUAAACUUGGAUUGGCUAAGAGUAUUCAUCAUGCCCGUGUUCUUAUCAGACAGAGACACAUAAGAGUGAGAAAACAAGUAGUGAACAUACCAUCUUACAUUGUCAGAUUGGACUCCCAGAAACACAUAGACUUUUCACUUAGAUCACCAUACGGUGGUGGACGUCCAGGACGUGCCAAGAGGAAGAACAUGAAGAAAGGACAAGGUGGAGCAGGUGGUGAAGAAGAUGAGGAUUAAAUGAACAUUUUCCCCAGUCUCAUUAAUAAAGUGAUAAGACAAUA